AUGUCUUCAAACCCGCAGGAGACCAACGCAGCCGAAAACAAUGGUGACGAGCAGUCCGCCGGUGCCCGACAAAUCCGCCAGCAUGGCGACCAAUUUAUGGCCGUAACCACGACCGAAGACCUCGCGGGUACAAUGAGGGAACUUUUUUCGCGUUCUGGGGCUGGGCCGGAUGUUCCAUUGACCUUUCAUCUCACCAAUAUUACGCGGUUGCGCGCUCUUUCAGUCACGCCGCCGCCCUUCCCCAGGAAGUUUUCUGAAUUCGAGGCCGAGGUUCGGUUAGACCAAGAGGAAGCCGAGAAAGAGAUACCCUGUGGCAAUUGCCUCACGCCUGGUCACAAAGUCCGAGACUGUGUCCACCCCGCUGACGAUGGCUUUAUCCAUGGCUGUCCUGUUUGCAACAAAGCUGACCACGAGUCGGCCGAUGGCUGCAAGAUCCCAUGGCCGCGACGCCCAAAGAAGCUGUCUUGGGCAAUCGAGCGCCGUGCUCAUCGCCCUACCUUGGCCGCUUUUGCCAACUGGGUCGACAUGUUCAUUGAGGCCAAAGAGGCGGGCGACACGGCCUUGCCGCAAAACUUCCCGUGGACGCCAAGUUUCUGCAAGAGCCUAAUGGAACACCAGACUCAGCCCUGGACAAUGUUCGACUACGCCAAAAAUGACCUGUCAGACUUGCCAAAGGAUCCCGAAACGGCCGAUCAGGAUACUGUCAUGGAGAAUCUGGCCUGGCUUCGUGAUAUUCCGAGCUGUGUUGAUCGCAUUCCCGGCGGCAACCCAUGGGUCCCAUUGAAGCGGGAACCGGACGAAGAAAUGUUUGAGCCCGAGAGCCAUGGAAUGGAAUACCUUAGCAUCGUCGAAGACGACGUGGUGGAGGAUGACGACGGCUACAUGCCUUGA